AUGCUUUCACAACCAAACAAAAAACCACUUCACAUACGUAUUCAACCACAAGAUGAAAAAUAUGACUGCCAGAUGAAGCUCGGUACCAUGGGUAUGAGAAUAAGGCAAAGUGUCGACCAGGGCUACAGACUGCCAAGUAAAUUUGUUCAAGACAAUUCUUCCGUUACGAUCCCAGACUACAAGCGUGUCCCAUUACCCAAAAAUCCACCAAUGUUGGUUAACCAGCGUACAGUCUCGUCAACAUCUUCUAUCGAAACCUGGGAAAAUGAUUUGGAUCAAAGAUUGACAACAAUUGACGAUAAGACUCUAACGGAUAAACUGGGAAUGAAACGUAAUUGGGAUCAGGUUGAAUUUUAA